CCGGGCCAGGCGAGGCCGCGCAGCAGUGGGGAGCGCGGGGCGGCGGGCGCAGCUGGGCACGCACGGUACCGGGAACCGGGGGCAGAGCGGCCGGGACGCUCGCGGGGCUUGGCUCGGCGUUGGCAGGGUGAUGCCAGCUUGAUCCAGAGCCAUGUCCAGGUACCUGAAGCACUUCACGGUGGUGGGUGAUGACCCAGUGCAGUGGAGUAAUGACUAUCAGAAAUGGGAGGAAGAGGAGGAUGAUCCUGGGGAGAAGCAGCCAGAUUCAGAGAUCAAACUGGAGCCCACCAGGAGACAUGUCUCCUUCCAGGACAUGAUGAAAAAGCUCUUCAGCUCCCGCAGGUUUCAGAUCUUGAUUGUCUGUUUGGUCAUCCUGGAUGCCUUGUUGGUUCUUGGGGAAUUGCUUAUGGACUUGCAAAUCAUCCAUCCGGACAAAUAUAAUAUAACCCCAAAGGUUUUCCACUACCUCUCCCUUUCCAUUUUAACUAUCUUCCUGGUUGAGGUGGGGUUUAAAGUGUUUGUGUACCGCCAAGAGUUCUUUCACCACAAGUUUGAAGUGCUGGACGGGAUCGUGGUCAUCGUGUCCUUCAUCCUCGAUGUCAUCCUCAUCUUCCGGGAGCAUGAGUUCGAAGCUGUUGGGCUCCUGAUCCUGCUGCGGCUGUGGCGGGUGGCCAGGAUUAUCAAUGGAAUCAUUUUAUCCGUGAAAACCCGCUCAGAACAACAGCUGUCCAAGCUCAAGCAAAUAAACCUGAAACUUGCCACAAAGGUUGAACAACUGGAACACAGCUGUGUCGAGAAGGAACAAGAAAUUGAAAGGCUUAACAAGAUACUAAAACAGCAUGGACUCAUCAGCGACGAAAAGUAGGCGGCUGGUUUUCUGAGAUGGGAAAUCUGCCCUGAAAAGUGCAGUGUUGAAACCUACCAGACUGACCUGCAAGGUUUUUGUGUGUCUUUGCUUUCUCUUGUUAAGUGUUUUCUAUAAACAUUUUCUAUUUGACCAGGCUUUGAUUAGACCUUGGGAUUGCAAAAACAGCUUUGUGGAAAUUAAUCCCGUGUCCUCCCACAACAGUGAUUUCGUAAGACCUUCCCUGCACCGUUGUACAGCCCAGGCUGCAAAAUAAUUUAAUAAAGACACAUCUUUACAAGCUA